CUGCCUUCUUCCUUUACACGGCAGUGGCUUAUAAGACAGAGGCUGACUUUGCCCUGUGGGCCACACACGCAUAUGACAUACCAACACCAAAAAGCCGGCUGUAAACAUGUUCCCGCCGUUGACACGGUACCAGCCAUGACAUCAUGCAAUCCUUUUUGCACAUGCUUGGGUGCUCGUUCAGUAGUGGAUAAUCCAUCACAAUCACAAUGCCUUGUCCUUGGAUGAUUUCUAGUUACAGUGCGGACCGUGGAGGUAUCUGAGUUAUUGAUGCAUAUGAAUAUGUCUGUUCUUCAGCGCUUGAUGUAAAUUAUGUGUACAGGGAAUAUUUGCCGGAGUCCUGCUGCUGAAGCUGUGUUUCGGACCCUCGUAAGCAAGCGUGGGCUUGACUCCAAGUUUCUCAUAGACUCUGCUGGUACCAUCGGGUAUCAUGAGGGUAAUAAGGCAGACUCAAGGAUGAGAGCAGCUUCAAAGAAGCGGGGGAUUGAGGUCACAUCAAUAUCCAGGCCUAUCAAACCCUCGGAUUUUCAUGAUUUUGAUCUUAUCCUUGCAAUGGACAGGCAGAACUAUGAAGAUAUAUUGAACUCUUUUGAGAGAUGGAGACGCAAAGAGCCCCUCCCUGAUAGUGCACCCAAUAAGGUUAAGCUGAUGUGCUCCUACUGCAAACAUCAUACUGAGUCUGAAGUUCCAGAUCCUUAUUAUGGAGGCCCUCAGGGAUUUGAAAAGCGUGGUCGCGGCUGCGGUGGCUACGGCCUCGCGGCGAGGGCGUGGGCGGGCGCGGGCGCGGCGGUGUCGCGGCGGCGCGACGGUGUCAUGGCGGGGUCGCGGCGGGGCGGCGGGGUCGCAGCGGCGAUCUACGGCGGCGGCGCGGCUGUGAGAGAGUGA